GACACGACUUCUCCAGAGAAAGAGUUGCAAGCAACUGGGCGUAUUGCAAUGCAGAGGCAGAGAGGGAACAAGCUGCACACAUCUGAGAGUGCUCUCUGUCUUUACAUACAUGUAUGCAAAAUUAAAAAACAUUGGAUUAAGCGGUUUUGAGAAUGUUAUGUAAGAAUUUCAGUAGGCAACAAUCUUCCAGCUGAGUUUUAUUACUGCCGAAUUGCUCGCGUGUUUUUUUUUUUUAUUUUAAACUGCCCAUCGACUUUGCGAACGGAUGAUCUGUGGAAUGUGAAAGUGGUACUGAACCCUAAAUAUGGCAUUGGGAUUUGAAAAAGAUCACUUUGGCCAAGCAAGAACGCGUUGUACGAUCCGCGCUUGAGAAGACCAUUAGUUAGCCAUUCAUCAAGAGAGCGCAAAGGUGCGGGCGCUAUAUACCCUGCUUAUACUGGAUACUGGUAGAAGAUCGCUUUGUUUUUCUACGGUAACGAACGAACGAGGAAAAGUGGCAAAUCGCAACGCACGCUUGGCAAGAAGGCGCACAGGACAAAAUAGUUUAGCUAACUUUUCUAUCUCUGUAGCCUGAGUAGAAGUUGAGGACACUGCUGCAAACGCCAAGUACGUCGCACCUUCUACUCUUCCUUCUUCUUUCCCGGCUAUGGAGAUCAAGCGUGCGGUGCGGUCGCAUCCAGCAGCAGAAUAAUUUCCUUGCGCCGACAGAUGGGCGAGUGAAAGUUUGCGGAGAUAUUCACUCACGCACGCGCGCGCGUGCCCGCAACCAGAACAGCAGCAGCAGCGGCGGCGGCGGCGGCAUCUGAUCGACUUGAGGAGAAGGGUCCGCGCGCGCACUUGAGCCCCCCGAUCAGGCAGCAGCAACAGCGGCGCCGCUCGCUCGCUUGCUUUCUUCAUCAGAAGCUGCUGCCCCCCAGUCUCUCUUUCUCACACACACACACACACAGACACACACGCACUCACUCUCCCUCUCUUAACACUCCAAGAGAAAUCAAGACGUACGAUGGCUGAAGAGUUGCUAACCAUCACUAAUGGGAUUGUGCUGUGACUUGCUCUGCUGGAGGGAAGGCUGCUGCUACUCACGUAAACAUCUACAGACUCGCUUGGUGUUCAGCUCCUUGGAGCGGGGAUGAUCAGGAUCUUCCCGGAUUUCAGCGUUCAGGUGACGGCUGCGGCCGGCGGGGGAACCGGCGGAGUGACAACGGGUCCCGGCGUGGGAAGAGUCCCCGGCACCACCAACGGCACCGGCGCGAACGUCCAGGGCAUCACUUCGUAUCAGCAAAGCGACCCCUACUGGGAGAGGCCAGCUAAUGCCAGCUCCUGUUCAGCUACUAGGCCCAAGACACUCCACCUUGGAGGGCAGCAACAUACCUCAUCGCCAUGGCUACAAGCGUUGAGGAAGGAAAAGUCCCGAGAUGCGGCUCGUUCUCGGAGGGGCAAAGAGAAUUUUGAAUUCUAUGAGCUGGCCAAACUGCUGCCACUCCCGGGUGCCAUCACCAGCCAGCUUGACAAAGCCUCCAUUAUCCGCCUCACCAUCAGCUAUCUAAAAAUGCGAGACUUUGCAAAUCAAGGUGAUCCUCCCUGGAACAUCAGGAUAGAAGGGCCACCUCCAAACACUUCUGUGAAAGCUAUAGGGGCGCAGCGCAGAAGAAGUCCCAGUGCGGUGGCCACAGACGUCUUUGAGCAACAUCUGGGCAGCCAUAUUCUGCAGUCUCUGGAUGGAUUUGUAUUUGCACUAAACAAGGAAGGAAGGUUUUUGUACAUCUCAGAAACUGUGUCCAUAUACCUGGGGCUGUCACAGGUGGAGCUGACCGGCAGCAGUGUGUUCGACUACGUCCACCCCGGAGACCACGUGGAGAUGGCGGAACAGUUGGGCAUGAAGCUUCCUCCGGGACGUGGCCUCCUCUCCCAGAGCACGACGGAGGACGGUGCCAGCUCGGCGUCUUCAUCGUCACAGUCGGAGACCCCGGAGCCAGUGGAAUCCAGCAGCCCCAGUUUACUAGCGCCUGACAAUACACUUGAGCGCUCAUUCUUUAUUCGGAUGAAAUCAACAUUGACCAAGAGGGGAGUCCAUAUCAAAUCAUCUGGUUACAAGGUUAUCCAUAUUACAGGACGAUUACGGAUCAGGAUGUCCCUGACCCAUGGACGCAACGUCCCUAAUCAAAUAAUGGGCAUGGUGGUUGUGGCCCACGCGCUGCCUCCUCCCACAAUCAAUGAAGUGAGAAUCGACUGCCAGAUGUUUGUCACUCGAGUAAAUAUGGAUCUCAAUAUUGUUUACUGUGAAAAUAGAAUUAGUGAUUACAUGGAUCUGACUCCUGUAGACAUCGUGGGCAAGAGAUGCUAUCAAUUCAUUCAUGCUGAAGACGUGGAGGGGAUCAGACACAGCCAUUUAGACCUAAUGAACAAAGGUCAAUGUGUCACAAAGUACUAUCGAUGGAUCCAGAAAAAUGGUGGAUAUAUUUGGAUCCAGUCAAGUGCAACAAUUGCUAUAAAUGCCAAGAAUGCCAAUGAGAAGAACAUCAUUUGGGUCAACUAUGUGCUCAGCAACCCAGAAUACAAAGACACUCCCAUGGAUAUUGCACAGCUUCCCAAUCUCCCAGAGAAAGCGUCAGAGUCUUCUGAAACAUCAGACUCUGAAUCAGAAUCCAAGGAAAACUCAGAGGACAAUGAGAACUCCAAGUCUGAUGGAAAGGGGCAUCAAUCAGAAAACAGUGAAGACCCCGAGUCUGACAGCAAAAAGCAGCCUGACAACCAGUCAGACAACGAAAUGAACUGCAAUGAGGAUGGGAACAGCUCCAGCAACCAGGAGAGCCGGGACAGCGAAGACAGCUUUGAGCAUUCUGAUUUUGAAAGCAACAAGAUAACAGAGGAAGAUGGUUUUGGCACUCUGGGAGCCAUGCAAAUCAAGGUAGAACGCUAUGUGGAAGGAGACUCGGCGCUGCGGCUGCACAGCCGCGAAUCUGUGACCUCAGACAGUGCCAAGGACUCUGACAGCAUGGGAGAAGCCGGCACACCGUCUUCCAGUAAGCACCAGAAGAGGAAGAAGAGGAGGAAAAAACAGAAGGGCAGUAGAACGACAAGGCGUAGGCUCUCCAGUACAUCAAGCCCCAAUGGGCUGGACCCCGCUUUAGUAGACCAGCCCCAGCUGCUCUCCUCACCAAACAGUGCCUCAGUGCUCAAAAUCAAAACUGAAAUCUCAGAGCCCAUCAACUUUGACAAUGAUAGCAGUAUUUGGAACUAUCCUCCCAAUCGGGAGAUCUCAAGGAACGAAUCCCCCUAUAGCAUGACCAAGCCUCCUGGCUCUGAUCAUUUCCCAUCUCCACAAACCAGCAGCAGUAGUUUACAUGUCGCCAUUCCUGACUCUGUCCUUACCCCACCGGGGGCCGAGGCCUCUGGAAGCCGCAAGACUCCAUUCAACAGCAGCAGCACUACAUCCUCCUCUAGCACCUCCUCCAGUCUUGCGCCUGUCUCCUCAGACCCUCUGUCCCCACCACUUUCGGCUUCUCCUCGCGACAAACAGCAGGGAACUCCAAGUACUUCCAGCUCUUUGCUAUAUGCUGGGGACCUGGAGGCCCUUCAAAGGUUACAAGCUGGCAAUGUGGUACUUCCAUUAGUUCACAGGGUAACAGGGACCCUCGCCGCCACCAGCACUGCCGCCCAAAGGGUCUAUACCACUGGCACCAUCCGUUAUGCCCCAGCUGAAGUAACCUUAGCAAUGCAGGGCAAUCUCUUGCCAAAUGCCCAUGCGGUUAACUUUGUGGAUGUCAACAGCUCCAGCUUUGGACUUGAUCCCAAGACUCCCAUGGAGAUGCUCUACCACCACGUUCAUCGGCUUAACAUGUCUGGGCCAUUUGGUGGCGCCGUCAGCGCAUCCAGCCUGACACAAAUGCCGGCAGGGAAUGUCUUUACCACAGCAGAGGGACUCUUUUCAACUCUUCCAUUCCCUGUGUACAGCAAUGGAAUUCACACCACACAGACCCUGGAGCGGAAAGAAGACUAAAAAAAAAAAAGAAAAAAAAAAAAGAAAAACACUGAGACCAUAUUACUGUGUUCACUGUCAGAGACUCCGAGGCGUACGACUGUGUCGUUUCAUUUGGAAUAAGAAAAAAAAAACACUUAAGUCUAGCACUUUGAACCUGAGCAAGUUGGCUCAUGUUGUGGAAUUGUCCUCGUGUCUCUUUCACUUUCCCUCCCUCUCUUGUAUUUCUCAUCAUGUCUUCUCUCUGUCCACUAAACUUAAUUAUUCUUUCAUGGAAAGAGUUGACUUUUUUGCCUUCAGAGUGUCAAGAGUGCAGACUCCUGCUCUUUUGUCAUCUUCUAGAAAGAGAAAAAAAAAUGGCCAUUUUUAUUAUUUGUAUUUUGUGUCUGCAUCUUUACAAAGAUGCCUUCCAUUUGUAGAAGUCUACUGUAAGGAUGCGAUUUUUUUAGUAAGUCAAACCUGACACUUCUUAUGUUUCUUGAUGUGAUCAAGGCUGAAGGAGAAAGGAAAAAAAGAGAAAGAAAGAGAAAGUGCACCCUGUUUAACUAAGUUAAACCCGAGGGGCUCUUAAAUUCUGAAGCGAUUUGCUUCAGUUGAUUGUUUGUUUGUUCGUUUUUUUUUUGUUUGUUUUCUUGAGAGAGUUUUGGGGUUGGGUGGGUUUCGCACUUUCCUGCGGAAUUUUAAAGCCAACAGCUCCUUUCUUUAAAAUCCUUACUUCCAUGAAAGUAAAGCAAUUUGAGUUCAUUUCUGGCCUGGAAAAAGAACAAUAGAAAUAGCUUACUGCAACACUUAACAUUUCUCCUUUUUGAAAAUCAUGGUGCUACCAUUUAAUAACCUCCGUCUCCAUGACUGGAAAACAUUUUGUUAAACAUUAUAAAAAAAAAAUAAUAAUAAAAAAAAAAAAAAAAAGUUGUUGAAAAAGGCGGUUGUUUUAUAGUGGGUCACCGCUGCAGCUUGUCCAUCUUAGGAAAGCUAAAAAUUCAAAAGGCACGGUGGUGGUGCGCUGCUUAGCACUGCUGCCUCACAGAUCCAACGUCCAGGUUUUAAAUCUUGCACCUGGCUGUCGUCUGUGUGGAGCUUGCACAUUCUCCUUGUGUCUUUGUGGGAUACACUGGUUUUCCUCUCACAUGCCCUAACAUGUGUGUUGUAGGUGGAUUGGCGACUUUAAAUUGGACCAGUUUAAGUGCGCUUGGGUGUGCUGUGUGGCGGAUUGGCAAAUCCCCCCCUCCCCUUCCAGGGUUAUUUCCUGCUUUGCACCCAGAGCUGCCAGGUUAGGUUUAAGCCACCCAAACCCUGAAUUGGAUUAAAAGAUACGAGAAUGAGGGUUAGUAUGUGUGCGCUCUGCAAUGGACUGGCAUCCCUCCAGGGCUGUUUCCUGCCUUGCGCCAAGUGCAGCCGGGAUAGGCUCCGGGCAACCCCGCGACCCUAAAUUGGAUUAAGCGGGCUUGAGAAUGUAUGUAUGUAUAAAAAAAAAAAAAAUAAAAAAAGGAUUUUGCUUCAAAACCUUACUUUACCUCUGAAUUAACAAUCAAGUUAACUUACUUCAGGAGUCCUGCAGCCUUUAGGAAAUUCUAAGACUUGGAUGACAAUGGAUUUGGAUGCAAUGGUUUGUUGAUUAAUUUUUCCCUCUGUAUAACUGAGGCUAAUGUUCAACAUGAAUCUUUUAAGAAAGGACACUGUUUGUCUUAAAGGUUUUUAAUUCUAAUUAUGUAUUAUUUAAUAGAUUCUUUAUGGUUGGCAUCCACUUUAAGUAAUGUUAUUGAAUUAAUUGUUCUUGGAGGUUUCUGAAUAGAUGUAUCAGGUUGUAACAGGUACAUGCAAUUAAUAAGGCAAAAAAUGCAUUUUAAAUGAAAAAAAAAAGUGUUCACAUUUAUAAUUUUCUCUAUAUUGCCAAAAUAUUAUAGCAGAAAGAUAUAUAUAAAUGUCACGAGCCAGUGUUAAAAACACAGUUGGGGUUGGUUUAAAAAAAGAAAAAGAAAAAAAAAAAAAACAAACCUUCCACUCCAUCUUUUGGCAGCCGUUCAUAAAAGGUAUCUAAUAACAAACGUGAGAUCUGUAAUGUGUACAAUGUGUAAGUGUCCUUGGCUGUCAGUCUCAUGGCAAUUUCCGUGUUUGUUACUAUAUGCAGUAUAUACUGAGCUGAUGUAGCUGUUUUGUCCUUUGUCUUCUCUGUGCUUAAUCUCUAGUCCGGGGUAGAGUUGCUCUCGCCCUCCGCAGUCAGUCCUAGUGAAGCAGUGAUUCUUGGGGGUUAGUGGUUUUUGUGUGGUGGCCUUCCUCUGUAGUGUCACCUUUUGCUGCAUCUUUUGUCUGUAUCCCUUUCUGUUUCAGCUAUUGCUUUGCUGUUGUGUAGUCUACAGACCUCAUCUUGUCAGAGAUAAAAGACUCUGGAACUAACUCAAGGUUUAUGGAGCCAUUCUUUCUUUUCUCAUUGGAAGAAUUCUGGGUACAACUCCAGCUUCCAGCUUGCAACACAUUUCUACUUUUCACAACAAAUUUGAAAGAAAAAAAUAUAUAUGAAAAUAUUAAUAAAAAAAAAAGAAUAGUGCUUAGAUGUAUGUAACAGACUGAUACCAUAAAGCCUCAGUUGUAAAAACAUUCCCAGAGUCCCUUGUGCUUACUUUGUACGCAUUGGGUGUAUUUCAUUGGUUUCCACCAAACUUGUUGACAUAGCAGAUCACACAGCAAGCAAGACAGGUUUAACACACACACACACACACACACACACACACAAAUAUAUACACAUAAUUUAAAUGUUUCUUAAAGAAAUAAAGUUUCAGACUAUAAAUCUAUUUUUAUAGAUGUUUUGGAAAUGCAUGUUUAUUACUUUACUUGAUGUUGCUCAGUCCAGUGGUUUUGUCACUCUAUGUCUUUUUUGGUCUGUCUCCCCCAGCUGAGCCUCUUGAAACAAUGUCAACAAAUUGAAAAAAAGACUGGAUCUGGCUUGAACAGGGUCAACAAAGGACCUAAAACUGAUCUGUUGUGGAGUUCCAAGUCCUCAAUAGUUUAUGUUGCUCAAGAUUAUUUUAUGAGGUUUCAUUGUGUAAAUUUUACCUGUUGCCUAUGCAACAUAUUGAGCAAUCUGAAGGGGUCGUGCCAACUGAAAAGCAACAGCAAGAGUUUUAAAUUCAAGACAAGUGGCCGGAGGGCUUGAUGUUAGUAUGUUAGACUGAUUGUGCAAGUCAUUUAAAUGUUACAGUAGAGCCUCAUCUUACACAAGGGAUAUGUUCACAGACAUCAACUAUACCAUGAGUAUAUAAACCAAUAGCUUCAAGAACAAAUGAAUAUCUGACCCAUGAAAUACAACAUACCCACAUACUGUAAUUAUAAGGAGUGAGUGACUCAGGCUUGUGCAUAAAGCUACACCAGAGAUAAACAUAGCACCUUGUGUUAAUACAGUGCAAUCACCCAAGCGUUGUUUCAUAAACAUCAGCAUGGCAAAAUCUAAACAUGAGAAGAUAAAUACAGAGAGCAAGAGAUAACAGUAAUAUGUGCUGGCAUGAGUGAGUGUGAAGACUUCCGAGAGGUAGACAUCCCACUCUUGCUCACACCAUCUCACACUGCAGUAAGUGAGACAGACAGAGUAAGAGAGGCCUGUCUGGCCUCACAAAGAAAAAAAGACAUCAGCACCCAACUCGCCAAUUUCAACUUUUACAUUCUUUUCCUUUUUAUGUUCUGAACCCAGCAACCCUCAACAAGACACAGCAGGGUGAGAAAAUGGAAGGGUACAACUGUAUAUAUACAGGUGGAUCCAUCUCUUUGUAUACUCAUUUACUACCAUAGAGAGUUGUGAAGAGGCACAGAUUGUCAGAUGAGGGUGCAUGGUGGGAGAUAAUUGUCAUAUGCAAUUGUCAUAUAAAGCUGCUGAGAGGCAAGGACUAUUCCAUUUGUGGUAGGUGCAAGAUAUAAGCCUACACAAUGUAGAAGACAUACAAGCACUGCCAUAAAUAAGUGAAAUCAGAAUCUCGUUCAUUUGUAACUAUGUAGGGAAAAUGGGGAUGACUAGGAAGCCCACAGAAGCAGAUGGAGAACAUCUCAAUUCUCCAAAAAGAACAGUUGUUUAGAGCUGUGAGGCACAAGUGCUACCCACUGUGCCAUCAACCCACCCUUUAUUCCAGUGGUUCACAAACUCAGUCCUGGAGGCCCCAUUUGUUCCAACCAGAUUCACAAUCGGCGAAGUCAUUUUACCUCUAAUUGAUCUCAUUUCAUUAACUGGGUAUUUCUCUCAGUCAGCAUUUAAAAGAGCACAGCUGUGUUUUUUGUUCGUGUUAAUAAACUGCUAAGUGUCUGUGUGUCUGUCUGUGUGUCCAUCAGGUAGCUGUGUCUCUGUAACUCCAACAGAUGCCACAUCACAAACAUUAACUCUGCUUUUUAUGAACCCCAUGCCAAGUGGCAUAUAACAGAGACGUAUGCAUUGCAUGGUGCACUGCAAGCACUGACGUUGAGGUCGAUGUUGAUUACUUAGGUUUCAAUCAAUCUUGGAUGGGUAGCAGACAUUUAGAAAAUACUGGUAUUUUUGCUAAAGCUUUAAACGCUUAACUCUCUUGCAAAGCUAAUUUACAUUUUCUCUUUAUAGUUUGCUUCCUUGAUUAUGUCCCUAAAAAGACAUUUAACAAUGACACUGAUGAUGGAGCUUGUAUCUAUAUGAUUAGAUCCACCAACAUACCCCAUAGUAAAUAACGCUGGUUUGAAAAAUAAAAUUGUUUUCACUCCCAUCAAAACUUUAGCUGUUCUUUAUAGAUUUGAGGUUGCCGAAUCCAAAUCUGGCAGCAGAACUGCUCUAAUUCCGUCCAUUUUUAAGAGGUGAAGAUUUAAAAUAAAAACCAAAAAUAUUUAUCAAGUGUAGAAGUCCAAACUUUAUCUUGAUCGCCAACUCUGACACCAAAAUAAAGAUGCUAGGCUUCUUUCACAAAUGGCGUAUGCAACCUUUGCUUUGCUACGAGGUGGAUUCCCCACACACAGACCAAAAACUCUCCUGCUGGUUUGUGUAAGCAUACACCAUAUGACAC